GGAGGAGGGGGAGGAGGAGGAGAGGGGGCGGAAGGGGAGGGAUGGGAGGCCUGUGGGUGUCGGCGUCGGUGCUGUGUCGAUGAAGAAGGAGGUUAGCGUGAAGGAGGAGGCGGAUGCGAAGAUGGAGACGUCGUGAUGCCUUGGGCGAUCUGCUGGUCUGGUCUGGAAGACGGAGGAAGGAGAAAAUGCGCGCGAGGCCGGGUGGCGCAAAAAGAGGUCGAGGUUAAUGCCACGAGCUCGCUCACCGCACCCACCCACCCCCCACUGACGCCAAACGCUGGCCCGCCCGCCCGUCCGCGCACCUAUGUAUGCUCAAGAUCGUCCUUAUGCUCUACGAUGACUCGCCAUGCCGCCUCGUAUGCUCCGUUGGUUCUGUCUGCACGCCUAACGCCUUCUGGUCUGCCUCAUCCGCACCCACCCGACGGCCACAUUCGACGCCUUCCUUCUCAUUCUCGGUCUAUCCCUCUCGACGUCACUCGGGUCUCAGGCGCACUCACAUCCCCUCCCACCUCUUUCCGUUCCUGCUUUUGUCGUAUCUUCCCCUCUGAUGACGUAUCAUUCACUGUACCUUUCAUAUCGCGUGCUUCUCCUCUAGCGUAUCCUAUCGUGUCAUCUUCAUUCCAUUCCCAAUUUUCUCACCGUCGUAUCUCGGUUGUAUUUCAUACAUAGCAAGGCGCCAAAAAAUGUCUCCCCUCCCGUACGCAUACACAUACGCAGCGGCAGAACGAGAAUGUACAGUAGUGGUUUCGUCUUGCGCCCCUCAUCCUUGGGAUAUCGUGCUCGUGGUUUGAUGCUGAACUUGGGGCUUGCUACGUACGUGUCAUUUGUACAGUACCAUCCAUCCAUCUGUCCGUUGUUCGUGUACGUGUACGUGUUUGUGUUGUGUUCGUUUUUGAUUGGUUUUGGUCUUGGUCUUGGCAGUUACGCGUACGAUGUGUAUUAAUUAGUAUCGUGCUAAUCGCGGUGUUAGAAUAGGAUGCUCUUUUUUCCCUGCUAUUCAUAU